GCUGGCCUACAAAGACACCUCUGUGCGCUUCCUGCUCCUGCUAAGCUUCCAAGCUGGAGUCCUGAAGAGACAACAAUCCCAUAUCACAUCAUAUCUAGUCCUCGUUCUGCUGCACUGCUUGUUGGAUCCGAGCGUCUUCAACCAACUACUUGGAUCAUGGCUUCCCUCACCUUCUACAUAGGGGCCACUGUGCUGUUUGCUCAGUCAACUUUGGCCUUCAACUGCUCGAGGCCUCCCGUCUACGUUGACAUUCAUAAGCGAGCGGUCCACGACUCACCUGUCUUCCAAUAUGGAUCCUUCAUCGGCGUUGGAUCACCUGCCCAAAACCACAGCUUAUGGCCGUCAUUAUCACAGAACCACACCUCUUUCGCAUCACUCUCAUACUGCAGUAACAGCACCUUGAAGGACUGUGAUAGAUCUACUGGUGGCUUCUUUCAACCUAGAGACUCCACAAGUUUUUCCGAGCGGAAAGAUUUCCAGACUUUUGACAACAGCAAUAUCACGACCAAGGGCUUCUUCGGUCAGGACACUAUCCGCCUAUAUACGCAUUACUUUGAGACCGAUGGCGCCUCGCAGACGCUUCUCGAGGACUCCACCGUCAAAGUGGCCGAAAGCGGCUCUAUCAUCCCAAGCUCCGUGGGCAUGGGCGACUCAUCGACUGUGCUUCGAGACCUGGCUAGCCGCGAUAUGAUUGCUGGCAGGACAUAUUCGCUCUACAUUGGACAAGGCUUCGACCGUGCUGGUGGUGCUGUCAAUGGAAGCAAUACAUUCGGAGGUUAUGACUCUGGUCGCUUCACAGGCCCUGUAUCAAAGUACUCCAUGGACACGUCUAAACAGAAUCCCAUGAGCGUGCUCGUCAAAGAUAUUGUCCUCACCGAAACCGCCAACCCAAACAGCAACGUUUCGCUUUUCGACUCCGCCGCUUUUCCCUCUAUGAAGUCUCGCCACGAUAAGUUCACUGCCGAAAUCACCACAGACCAAUACCCUCUCUCGCUCCCCUAUCAGAUCACGCAAAACUUCAUCUCGCGUCUCGGUGCCGUCAAGGAUAACAGCUGGAACGACAACUCUCUCAAGCUCAAGAAUCCAUUCAAUGGCACCCUAUCCAUCGUAUUGGACGAUGGUUUCACAGUCACCCUUCCCGCUGAAGUCCUUGUCAACCAGUCUAAUAUCACGCCCAUCCAAGAUCGCGAAAAGGAAUCCACAGCGCCAUUUUACCUCUCUGUAGCCUUUCUCACGCAAGUCUACUUGAUGGCCGAUUUCGAAACCCAAAACUUCUUCCUCGCUCAGGCAAUCCAGAAGAACAAUGCCGUCAUGCCCGUUCCUUUCUGCCCAAAAUCUACACCCGUCGCCUAUGAACCACCUAAGCAAAACGCGUGGCUCAAGAAUGGACUCAUCGGUGCUGUCAUUGGAGGUGUAUUUGGCAGUAUUGGUAUCGCAAUUUGUGUGUAUUGCUUCGUGCGCGGAUACCUGAGGAAGAGGUAUGUGAAAAAGUUUGAGAAAGAGCUGGAGAAGGGUCAAAGAGAGGCCAAAAUGGCGCAAAUGGAGAUUGAAGAAGCUCCCGAAUUCGACCCUCCGCCGAAGAAGAGCUUGAAGCCAACCUUUUGGCGAAAGAAAUAA